AUGUCCCUAGAAAUGUCUCUCUCUCUUCUCUCCUUGGCUGAGCCAACCCCAGAAGGUGCGUCACCAGUUAAGUCUCUUGUCUUCAAACCAAAGACUGCGAAGACCGCAACUCCAGUUCCAAUUGUUGUCGUUGCAUUAACAUCCACUACAACCCCAUCCGGUGUCAUCGCCAAGGCUGCGGAUGCGAAGGAUCCAAGAUUAGCAAGAAAUGAGCUGACCACCGAGUUUUUCGGUGUUCCAGCAGCUGAUUUUUCUAUUGCGUCUUUAGGUGAAAAACAUCUUGAUGGAAAAGUCAAAGUCAUUCUUGACUCUCAGAUCGAAAAUACAGAUUCUGCUCAAUACGUUCUAGAAAAUGCUUCUGGAAAGUUGAUUUUAACAGGCAAACAGUUAACUGGCUUCCUCUCGGCUUUCCAAUAUAAAGUUGUUGAUUUUGAAGCCGAAGCAAAUGCUGCCCCAGCACCUGCUCCAGCCUCAAAGAAACCGGCACAACAAAAGCAGCAGGCUUCGGAUGCAGCAUUGGAUGAUGCCAAGCUGAUUGGUGUCACUGUGGAUAAGGAAAAGGAUUUCCCAGGAUGGUACCAACAGAUUCUAACUAAGGGUGAAAUGUUGGACUAUUACGAUGUUUCUGGUUGUUAUAUCAUGAGACCAGCAUCUUACGCAGUUUGGGAGCAAAUCCAAAAAUUCUUUGAUGAGAAGAUUAAAUCUGAUGGUGUUUCUAAUGCUUACUUCCCUAUGUUUGUCUCUUCUAAGGUUUUGGAAAAGGAAAAGGACCACAUUGAAGGUUUUGCACCUGAAGUUGCUUGGGUCACCAAGGCAGGUAAGUCUGAUUUAGAAGAACCAAUUGCAAUCAGACCAACUUCUGAAACCGUUAUGUAUCCAUACUAUGCUAAAUGGAUUAGGUCUCACAGAGAUUUACCUUUUAAGAUGAACCAGUGGAAUUCUGUUGUUAGAUGGGAAUUCAAACACCCACAACCUUUCCUAAGAACUAGAGAGUUCUUAUGGCAAGAGGGGCAUACAGUUCACUUGACCCAUGAAGAUGCGGAACAACAAGUUCUUAGAAUCCUAGAUUGGUAUGAAGAGAUUUACAGAACUCUUUUAGCGGUUCCAGUUGUUAAAGGUGUUAAAACUGAAAAUGAAAAGUUUGCAGGUGGUAAAUUCACAACCACUGUGGAAGGUUAUAUCCCAACUACUGGUAGAGGUAUUCAAGGUGCUACUUCUCACCACUUGGGUCAAAACUUCUCUAAGAUGUUCAACAUUACCGUCGAAAAUCCAGAGGGUCCAGAUAAGCCAAAGAUUUACACCCAUCAAACUUCAUGGGGCUUGUCUACCAGAGUCAUUGGUGUCAUGGUCAUGAUCCACUCUGAUAACAAGGGUUUAGUUAUCCCACCAAGGGUUUCUCAAUAUCAAGCUGUUGUUAUUCCAGUUGGUUUGACUUCCAAGACUACAAAGGAAGUCGAAGAAAACGUCUACUCUUCAUGUAAGGACUUGGAGUCCAAAUUGAAGGCACAAGGCAUUAGAGUAACUUCUGAUUACAGAGACAACUAUUCUCCUGGUUGGAAGUUUGCCAACUGGGAAUUGAAGGGUGUCCCUGUCAGACUUGAGGUUGGUCCAAAGGACCUUGCCAACAAAUCUGUUCUAGCGGUUAGAAGAGAUACUGGUGCCAAGGUUUCCAUCAAGUUAGAUGAAUUGGAUACUAAGUUACCGGAGUUGUUGGACGCAAUUCAUGACAACCUGUAUGAAACUGCAAAGGAAAAAUUUGAUACUCACAGAGUGCAGGUCAGUGAAUGGAAGGAUUUCAUUCAUCAAUUGAACCAAAAGAACGUCGUUCUCGCACCAUGGUGUGGUGUUCCAGAAUGUGAAGAUGAUAUCAAGGACAGCUCUGCAAAGAAGGAUGACGGUGAGGAAUAUGAACAAGACGAAAAGGCACCAUCUAUGGGUGCUAAGUCCUUGUGUAUUCCUUACUACCAACCUCUACUAAAGAGAGGCACUAAGUGUAUCAAGUGUAGUAGACUUGCCAUCAAUUACACCAUGUUUGGUAGAUCCUACUAA